UCUUUACUAGGUACUUGCUGUAAUAUUAAUUGUUAUUGUAUUAUUUGUUCUAAACUUAAUUUCAUGUUAAUAUAUUUUUUAAUUUGUGAAUUGGUGAUUGGCUUACCUCCUACCGGUGUCCGGUUUCUUAAUAAUAACAGUACAUUAUUUGAUCACUAAGUGAUAAAAAAUAUUUUCUAUCGCUGUUAUACCAAAUUAAGAAUGUUUAAUAGCCCGUGUUGGAUAUGUUUAAACAUGAACUCUAAAAUGUACCGCUUAAAUGACACAUACCUACAUGAAGUGUACGUCAAAAUAACUAGUAAACAUGUUAGUAUCUAGGGCCUAGGAUGAGUAAAGUUCUGUGUUGUGGGGCACUGCCAGUUCCUAUACCGGAGUCUGCCUGGGACCGUUGGGAUUGCACAGAACCUAUCAUAUUCACUUGAGUCCCUGAUUAGCAUUAGACUUGUUCUUGCUCAGACAAUGAAAGGAGCACUCCAAUCUACUGUGAUCAAUGAAAUGUACUAGGAUGUUUGUGAUGUGUCUAUCUACACUUGUUACAUGUGUACGUCUUUGUUACACAAAUGUAACAAACUAAUGGUACAAGCUAGCAGAGCACAAGAGAUUAUGAAAAGGUACCUGGAUACUAAGGUACUGCCCACUUCACAACACCAAGAAUUUUACAAUCUGUCUGUAAAUCACAAUAAUAAGGUUGUGAACAUGAAUGAAAUACAAGAGGAGCUCUUUAUAAAACAAGAGAUUAAGGAGGAGCUAGUGGAGAUAGAAUUUGAGAUAGAAGAAGAAACACCUGUGAAACCUGAUCAAGAUGACUUCAACACUAGUAACGAGAACGACGAUAUAAAUGAAACACACACGAAAGAAAAGCUUUACUCCUGUAACGAUUGUGGUAAAACGUUUCGUGAAUCGUCUGAUUUUGAAACACAUAAUAAAAUACACACAGGAGAGAAGCCUUAUUCAUGUAAUACUUGUGGAAAAAGCUUUAAGCGAAAGGAUAGUUUGAAGAAUCAUUUAUUAACACAUUCAGAUGAGAAACCUUUUUCAUGUAAUAUUUGUGGUAAAAGUUUCAAUCUAAAUAGUAGUUUAAAGGCACACAGUAUCAUACAUACAGGAAAAAAACCGUAUUCAUGUGACCUUUGCGAUAAAAGCUUCAAUAACAGUGGUAGUUUGACGAAACAUAAUAAGAUACACUCCGGAAUUAAACCAUUUUCUUGUAAUAUUUGUGGUAAAUGCUUCGAACGUAAUAGUUCUUUGAAAAUACACAAUAUGGUACAUACUGGAGAGCGACCUUAUUCUUGCAAAAUUUGUGGAAAAAGCUUUAGUCAGAAUUCUAACUUAAAGAAACAUGGUUUGACACAUACAGGACAAAAGCCGUUUUCUUGUAAUGUAUGCGGCAAAAGCUUCAUUUUCAGUAGUAAUUUGAAGAAACACAGCUUAAUACAUACAGGAGAAAAACCAUAUUCGUGUAGUGUUUGUGGAAAAAGUUUCAAUCAAAAUGCUGCUUUGAAGACCCAUAGUACAACACAUUUACUAGAAAAACGACAUGUUUGUAAUGUUUGCGGCAAAGCAUUCAACAAUAAAAAUAAUUUGAAAAAACACAGUGUGGUGCAUUUAGAAGAAAAACCCUUUUCUUGCAAUGUUUGUGGAAAAAGCUUUAGUCACAUUUCUAACUUAAAGCAACAUGGUUUUACACAUACAGGGCAAAAACACUAUGCUUGUAUUGUUUGUAGCAAAAGCUUCAACUCGAGCAGUAAUUUGAAGAAACACAGCUUAAUACACACUGGAGAAAAGCCGUAUUCUUGUAGCAUUUGUGGCAAAAGAUUCAAUCAAAGUUCUAGUUUGAAGACCCAUAGUACAACACAUUUACUUGAAAAACGGUAUAUUUGUAAUGUCUGUGGCAAAGCUUUCAACAAUCAAAAUAAUUUGAAACAACACAGUAUGGUGCAUUCUGAAGAAAAACCCUAUUCUUGUAAUGUAUGUGGUAAAACAUUCAAGCUUAAAUAUAAAUUAAAAAAUCAUAUGACAAUACACACAUAAAAAUAGCAUCGGUUAAUUAGGUUAUCACAUAUAAACACGCAACGCUAGAACUUCCAUACGUAGAGUAUUCUCCCGACCAAAAUAUGAUUUAUGGUGGCAUGGCAUUAAAAUGAAGAAUUUUGAAUUCAUAUUGCGGUACUAUUACCCGCUUAUUCACUUGAACUACAAAUAUUUUUUACUUGUUUUACUACUUAAUUGUUAUUUAUACCCCAGGUUGACACUUUGAUUCGAAUUCUCGUAUUGUUAGAGCCUACACUGCGUGAAUGUCGAAGCCACGCUAAAGUAAUGUGUGCGGAUUGCAGGACAGUUCUGUCAGAAAAUAGUGAAGGAUGACGAAAUCUAGUGCUUUGUACAUAUAUUAAUAUCAAUGACCAGAUUGUUUUAAUUUUAACUGGCAAUGAGUACAAUUGUAAAUAUAUUGUGUUUUUCUGUUUUACUGUGGAAACUGUUCCACAGUAACAAUAAAAAAAAACUUUUUUGGAGUUUACAUAUUUUCUAAAUAGAGAUUGCAUUAGUUUCGAAGUCGGUCACCGUUUUUGAUCUCACUGCUAAACCAUUGUGUUAUUUUAUUAAUAAAAUGAACAAAAACCAUGUUAAUAAUAAACUAGUAAGUAAUAGUAAAUUAUGUAAGCUAAGUUAUAUUAUACAGUAAGUGUGAAGAAAUAAAAAUAAAGUAUAUGUAUUGGAA